CCGACCACCGCAGCGGGCAAAGUGUAUUUCCGCUUCCUAUCAGCCUCGUUGUGGUCCCUGCGGCUGGCGGCUGUGUGGCUCCGCCAUAUUGUCUGUGUGAUCCCGGCGGGAGCGGCGGCCGCGGAAGCGGGAGGAGCAGUGACAAAUUCCUGUCUGCUUCCUACCGUUCGUGGCUUUUCAAUUUCUAUCUGUGGCCGCCAACUGCUCAGCUAUGUCGGGACCUGUGCCAAGUCGGGCCCGUGUAUACACGGAUGUGAACACACACAGACCCCGUGAAUAUUGGGACUAUGAAUCACACGUGGUAGAAUGGGGAAACCAGGAUGAUUAUCAGCUUGUGAGAAAGCUAGGUCGAGGCAAAUAUAGUGAAGUCUUUGAAGCCAUUAAUAUCACAAAUAAUGAGAAGGUGGUUGUGAAAAUUCUAAAGCCUGUGAAGAAGAAGAAAAUUAAGCGUGAGAUCAAGAUUCUGGAAAACUUGCGGGGAGGGCCAAACAUCAUUACUCUUGCAGACAUAGUAAAAGACCCAGUGGUUAAUCCCCGGACGCCGGCUCUGGUUUUCGAACAUGUGAACAAUACAGAUUUCAAGCAGUUGUAUCAGACUCUCACAGAUUACGAUAUUAGAUUCUACAUGUAUGAGAUAUUAAAGGCUCUGGACUAUUGUCACAGUAUGGGCAUAAUGCAUAGAGAUGUAAAGCCUCACAAUGUUAUGAUUGAUCAUGAACACAGAAAGCUGCGUCUUAUAGACUGGGGUCUGGCUGAGUUUUAUCAUCCUGGGCAGGAGUACAAUGUGAGAGUUGCCUCCAGAUACUUCAAAGGACCUGAGCUCCUUGUAGAUUAUCAGAUGUAUGACUAUAGUCUGGACAUGUGGAGCUUGGGCUGCAUGCUGGCCAGUAUGAUCUUCAGGAAGGAGCCAUUCUUCCAUGGACAUGACAACUAUGACCAGUUGGUGAGAAUAGCCAAAGUUCUGGGAACUGAAGAUCUGUAUGAUUAUAUUGACAAAUACAACAUUGAACUUGAUCCUCGCUUCAAUGACAUACUUGGCAGGCAUUCUCGAAAACGAUGGGAACGCUUUGUACACAGUGAAAACCAGCACCUGGUAAGUCCAGAGGCUUUGGACUUUCUUGAUAAACUGCUGCGGUAUGACCACCAGACACGACUUACUGCUCGUGAAGCCAUGGACCACCCAUACUUCUACCCAAUUGUGAAGGACCAGUCCCGAAUGGGCCCCUCCAAUCUGCCCAGUGGUAGCACCCCAGUCAGCAGCGCCAGUAUGAUGUCAGGUCAGUCCCUGCUUGGCCGCAGUGUUCGUGACAAGGCAGGAAUCUCUUCGGUGCCAACCCCCUCAUCCCUGGGCCCACUAGCUGGAUCACCUGUCAUCUCUGCUACAAACACCUUGGGGACGCCUGUCGCUGCUGCUGGAGCCCCCCAAUAGGAAAUUGUUUUUUUCUCCUGGCGCCAGGUUGGGGGGGACUACAAGGGGGAACAAGCAGAUUUAGGGCCACCCUUCUUGACUCAUCUCCCACCUGACACGGCUGAAGGGAACUGCCCAUUGAGAGAGGAAGACACCCCUCAAAGCGCCGUGUCUGAGCAGUUGCUUGUGGAUUUAUAGUAGUUCUGUCAUAUAUAUAUAUAUAAAAAAAUAUUAUAGGCUGAAUUUUUUUUCUACUUUUGGUAUGGCUCCUGCCCUUGGGGGGAGGGGGGUUGGGGCACAGCUCCUGAUGGAGGUCUGUCCUUGGGAGGGGCACUUGCUAGUGCUUUACCCUCUGGGGUGGCAUGGCAUCAGUCUGCCAGUGUCCAUUCUUGGAGGUAUGAUUGAUAGAUAUAUAAUUUUCUAUUUCUUUUAAAUGUUACCAUUCCUCUUUGUUCCAGCCAAAAAGUUUUGGUUUCCUCCAAGUGUGUUUUUUUAAUUUAAUUUCAAAGCCAAUACCAUUGUUUUCAUUUGUGAACCUUGAUCUUCAUGUUAUUGAUUUUGACUGUUUUUCAUCGACAUUGGCACCAUACACAAUUGUCCCCCUCCUUGUGAUGCUUCUCCUGUUUCACCCCAUCAAAAUUUUUAAUUUUGUUGUCUCUUGUUUGUGGAGACACUAGGUGAAUUAAUUAGAACUCCUUGUUACUUUAAUUCAGUCAUUUUGAGAGGUAAAUUUUAUUAUAAAAAAAUGAGGAAUGGCAAGAUCUAAAAUUGUUUGUGUGAGUAAUGGCUGUCCUGGUCACACCUAUCUUACCAUCUACCCCCCCCUCCCCCAAUUAAGUAUAUCACAAUGAUUUCCAAUACACUGUAUGAAUUGCAAGCCACUUGCUACAACUCGCCUCCCCCAGAAGGGAGCCUGUCUGAGUAACUACUCUUGGUAGGGAGCGGUCCAGUGACUCCCCCUUAGUCACACUUUCCCUCCCCCAAGCAGGGGACAGCCCCAGUGAUUUGCCAUUAGUCACACUUCCUCAUGCCCCUGAAGGGUGUGGUCCCAGUGGCCCCUCCCAGACAUGCUUUUUCCUUCACAUGUGACAGAUCUAAUGUUGGAAUUAUUUGGUGUAAAUAAACAUGGUUUUAUUUAUCAAGGUGA